AUGGCAAUUCCUUUCCAGUGCGUUCGGGUGUGUAGACCAGACCCGCACGAUCAGAGCUCAUGGCUGCUGCUUGCUGCAAGUGGUCCGAGAAUUUAUAGCAGUCAUUCCAGCGGUGGUACUUCCGUCUGGUCAUCACAAAAGAGUUCAGAAUCUGCAGAGCCUGUGCAAGCAGACGAAUCGCAAGAACCACCUGGGAAGAAAGUGAAGCUAUCGAAACAGGCAGAAGAACCUCCCAAUGUAUCCAAAUUACUGGUCACUAGCAAUUCCCAACAUCUAGUUGCUGUCACUGCAGAAGACAAAUGUCUCCGUGUAUUCCGCCUCGAUCUCACCGGUCGACUGGAACCUUUGAGUCAAAGGUCUAUGCCAAAGCGUCCAUGCGCAGUCACAAUGAUCGAAAAUGACGCGACUAUUCUUUGUGCAGACAAGUUCGGAGAUGUCUACGCACUCCCGCUCCUACCGUCUCCCACAGAUGCCGACGACAUUGCCGUGGCCGCACAGGAGAAGGAGACAUCAGCAUCCUUCGUUCCUACAGCGACCCCGCUUACAGUCCACUCGGGACGAAAUCGAAAGGCUCUAGAGGACCAGCUCAAGCAAAAACUUCAGCCCAAGACCAAGGAGCCCCUGAAGUUCAAACAUGACCUCCUUCUAGGGCAUGUGUCAAUGCUUACUGAAAUUCUGUACGCUGAAGUCGAAGGAGAAAAGACAGGAGCAAAGCCCCGUACCUACAUAUUUACUGCCGAUCGCGACGAACAUAUUCGCAUUUCUCGAGGACCGCCACAGUCUCACAUCAUAGAAGGUUUCUGUCAAGGUCACCGGGAGUUCGUCAGCAAACUUUGUCUGUCGAGGUCUGGGGAUCUCAUUUCCGGCGGUGGAGACGACGAUCUCAUUGUUUGGGAUUGGCUAAGCUGUCGUGUGCUGGAGCGAAUCAGUAUUAAGCAGCCAGUGCUCGACUUCCUCAAAGCACAUCCCCAACAUGCUGGAUCGCCACAGGAGAGUGAAGGAGACCUUAGAGUCGCCGUUUCAGGCAUCUGGGCGGCUCCGUCUACAUUCUCAAGGGAUAGUGUUCUCGUGACAUGUGAGGGGGUGCCAGCCCUGUUUCACUUUAUCAUCGACGGCAGAAAGAAGGUCUCCAGUCUGCAACAGACGCUCCCACUGACCGGAAACCCUCUGGAUUUGACGCUCCUGGAGUCUGGUCCGAUUACCGAGUUCAUCGUGGUGUCUAUCGACCAGACACGUGCACCCGGAUCUGCCACAAUGCUGCGUCAGAAAGACGACGUCCCAAGUCGGAUGCAAGCAUUCUCGCUAGGUUCAAGUGGUGGGUGGAAUCUUACAUCCAUGCUAGAUGUGACACUUGAACGGCUUAAUAGCCAGGCACAAGCGGAUGCUCUGCUUGGAAGGGAGGCAGAAGUAGUAAAUCCGGAAACUCCUGGGAAGCAAAGUCCUGUGCAAGACAUUCUUUACGGUAUUGAGAACUUACGAAAGCGAGCGGGUGCGGAGGACUAG